GCGCCUCCGGUUGAAGAGAUCCGUCAUGCUGCUUGGCCGUCGUACGCCACCGAUUCCCCAGGCGAGCACUUCACGUUGCCGGAAUUCAAGGCCCUGCUGAGAGUAUACGAUCUUCGAGAAGCGCGAGUGGCUUUGUCACCCAUAUCGCAACUGUCGCAGUCCUUGUUACCCGAUGAGGAGGCGGGAAAGUUUUUCCAUUGGAGCUUGGUUCUGAAAUUGGGUCUGAAACCCUUUGGAACGUGCGGCAAUCCGAAUAGUUCUAUCGCGCUGGAUAAAGAAGGCGAG